CGAGUACAUCUCCAAGAAAGACCGAGGAUGCAUUAAGAACAUCGAUGAUCACACACACCAAACCUCGCUUCGCCCAAGCUGCCCACCAUGGUUUUCAGCCCUUCAUGGCCGACUCCUCUAAGCAGAAGCCCGAGCAGGCACUUGAGAAGUUCGCAAAAGAGAUAAGCGAUUAUGCAAAGUCAGCUGCGUUAUUCCACGCCGUUUCUGGAGCCACGGCUGGGCGGUUUACAAGUGCCGUUUGUUUGGAUCUCGGGACAAGGAUCAUCUCGGGCCUGCACACGCCUGCUGCACAGCUGGAAGAGGGGGCGGAUAGUAUGGAUGUGGCACUCAACUGGGCAUGUGACGCGCGAGGUGUGUACGUGGCAGCCUCGGCGGCUGCUGUGCAAGUGCUUUGGCGUCAGGGACUCGGUUCUGGAAGUCCCUGUCGAUACCUCUGGGUCGUCAGCGCAGGGUACGGAGCCUGAGUUCACAGCACAACGUCAGCAGACGAAUUCACGGGGGCAAGGGAGGGAGCGACGCAAGUGGAGAAUGGGGACUCUGGGAGUAGUAAGCGCAAUGUUGCGAAUAUUGGCAUGAGGAGAGGGAUGAUGUGCACAUGUAUGAACAACCUGGGAUGGAUAUUUUUAAAGCAAUUUUUGUGAGUAAUGAUGAGGAUAG